AUGUCCAAUGACAGUGUUGAGAAGGGGAGCAGCCCGGAGGCAGAUCCGGGCAGUGAAAAUCCCAUAUCGAAAACCGACGAGACGGAUUCGAGUAAGGCCGAGAGCACGAGUGGAAGCCCAUUGAGACUCAUCUACGAUGCGGCAAGUGGGGCAGACGUGCUGGUCGUCUGCGUCUCGCUCGUGUCAGCGACGAUUGGGGGUGCUCUGAUGCCGCUCAUGACGAUCGUCUUCGGCAAAAUGACUGGGGAGUUCCAGACCAUCACGACCUCCCCGGGCAGUUCCGGCGGCUAUAGCAGUAGGCUGAACGAAUUCACCCUGUACUUUGUGUACUUAGCUAUUGCCGAAUUCGUCACGGUGUACGUAACUACAGUCGGACUGACUCUUGCUGGAGAGCGGAUCACUUGCAAAGUCCGAACGCGUUACCUCGCUGCAGUCCUCCACCAAGGCGUAGCUGCGCUUUCGGACAAGCCGAACGCCCAAGGCGAAGUAUCCCUGCGGCUCAGCAGCGACGCAGAGCUCGUACGGGUCGCACUCAGCUCGAAGCUGGGGCGGGCCAUCAGCGCCAUCUCGACCGUCAUUACCGCCUUCGUCGUCGGCUUCGUCUUUUCCUGGCGACUGGCCUUGGUGCUCAGCUCGACGCUGGUCGCCUUCGUGCUGAUCGUGGGGCUCUUCUCCAACGCCAUCGUCAAGUAUACGGGGCAGAGCGCUGCCGCCGAAGCCGAGGCAGCCACCGUCGCAUCCGAGGCUAUCGCCGACGUCCGCAGCGCCGCUGCCAACUGCGCGCAAGAUGCUCUCGCGGCCAAGUACGCGUCGCGGCUUCUUGACGCGCGGCGACCGGGCGUGCUGGGCAAGGUGGCCGGCGCGACCAUGAUGGCGGCAGUCACCGGCGUGAUGUUGCUGGCGUACGCGCUCGCCUUUUGGCAGGGCUCGCGGUUCCUGGUGACGGGCGCCCUGUCACUUGCGGAUGUGCUAAUUGUGUUGCUUGCCAUCCUAUUGGGUACCGUAUCGCUGGGUCUCAUGGGCCCAGAAGCGCGGGCCGUCGCUGAUGGAAUGAGCGCAGCCGCUCGGAUCCACACAGCGGUGGGGCCCUCCCCACCAACAACAGCUCACAACACGCCGCACGAGCAAGGCGGCGGCAGUGGCGGCAGUAGCGGCCGCCUCCGCAGCGCCGAGGACGAUGCACUACUACCGGAGCAGCGCGUCGUCAACGGCCACAUCGAGUUCGAACACGUCCACUUCCACUAUCCCAGCCGGCCCGACGUCCCCGUCCUCGCCGACUUUUCGCUCAACGUAGCCGCCGGCAAGACGACGGCCGUGGUGGGCCCGUCGGGCUCGGGCAAGAGCACGCUUGUCGGCUUGCUGGAGCGCUUCUACGAUCCUGUUUCUGGGAGCAUCUCGCUCGAUGGGCAGGACCUGAGCAGCCUUGAUGUAGGCUGGCUGCGGCGGCAGAUGGCACUGGUGGGGCAGGAGGCGCUGCUGUUCGACGCGUCGGUGUUCGAGAACAUCGCCCACGGGCUCGUCGGCUCAGCCUGGGAGAAUGCGUCGGAGGCGGCCAAGCGCGAGAUGGUGCAGCGGGCGGCCGAGACGGCCAACGCGCACGCUUUUGUGGAGACGCUGCCGCAGGGAUACGAUACACGUGUGGGCGAGCGCGGCGCCCUGCUGUCAGGCGGUCAGAAACAGCGCAUCUGCAUCGCUCGGGCAAUCGUGGCAGAUCCUCGGAUCCUCCUGCUCGAUGAAGCCACAUCUGCGCUGGAUCCCGUCGCCGAGCGCGCAGUCCAGGCCGCCUUGCGGACAGCCAUGCAGGGCCGCACCAACCUGGUCAUCGCCCAUCGACUGUCGACCAUCAAAGAUGCCGACUGUAUUGCCGUCAUGGGCAAAGGUCAGAUCGUGGAACAGGGGUCGUACAGUGAGCUCGUCGAGAAGCGAGGCGCCUUUUUCCACCUGCUCGAAGCGCAGAGCUUGGCCGUCGAUGGCGUAGCUGAGAGUAACGCCGGAGUCGCCGUCGAUGAGGCACGUGAGUCACUGCCUGCCAGCGUCGAUGAGAAGCAGGAUAUUCUCGCCGAGAGUGAGCUGCCUGCUGCCCAGGAUGAUGGCAAGGCGGACCCCACUGCGGCACGCGGAGAUGCAAAAGGCUUCAUCUCCGGCCUGCGCACCCACGAUCGCCCGUGGCUAUUGGUCAGCAUUGUUUUCUCCAUCCUGUGCGGCUGUCUGGCCACCGCCCAGUCAGUCGUCUUGUCAGCGUGCAUUGCUGCGUUCGGCAAGAACGCGUACAACUACGCGCGGCUACGGCACGAUGUAAACUUCUGGGCCGGGAUGAUGCUUAUGCUUGCCUUCGUUGGCGCAUUUUUGCAAAGCGUUCAAGGCGUCGCACUAGCCAUCUGCUCGGAGAGCAUGGUGCGCCGAGCACGUACAACCAUAUUCAAGCACGUGCUGAGGCAAGACAUGUCCUUCUUCGACAUCCCCGCGCACUCUGCCGGCGCGCUGAGUACCAUGCUAACCGGGCGGGCCGCUGACCUUGAUGGUCUCAGCGGCGGCUCCCUUGGCAUGCUGCUGGUGGGCGCGUCAACCAUCAUCUCCGGUUUGAUUGUCGCCAUCGCCAUUGGCUGGAAGCUCGGUCUCGUGUGCACCGCAACCGCCCCGCUGCUGCUUGCUGCAGGCCACCUCCGUCUGUCAUUUCUCCGGAAGAACGAGGCCCGCACGGCUGCGGCAUACGCCGCCGCGACGACGUAUGCCGGCGAGGCAUGCAAGUGCAUCCGCGUCGUCGCGGCCCUGACCCUGGAGUCCACGGUACUGCGUCGUUACACGGUCACGCUGACCGCGCAAGCGCGUACGAAUGCCAUCUCGACGUGCAAGGCGACCGUGUUCUUCGCGCUGUCGCAGGCGCUCGUGUACUGCUCGUUCGCGCUGUGCUUCUGGUACGGCGGCCGCCUGAUGGCGCGCGGCGAGUACUCGAUGCUGCAGUUCUUCAUCUGCUACUCGACCGUCAUCUUCGGCGCCCAGUCCGCCGGCAGCGCCCUCUCCGCCGCCGCCGACACUUCCAAGGCACGCGGCGCGGCUCGAGAAUUCGAAGCCAUCGCAGCCAUCAAGCCGCACAUCGACGUCGAUGACGGCAGCGGGAUAGACCUCCCCACCCCCGUCCGCGGCGAGGUUGAGCUCCGCAACGUCUCCUACAGCUACCUAACGCGCCCAGACAAGCCCUCCCUCACCGACGUCAGCCUGCGCGUCGAACCCGGCCAAUUCGCCGCCCUCGUCGGCCCCAGCGGCAGCGGCAAGAGCACCGUCCUCGCCCUCCUCGAGCGCUUCUACGACCCCACUCCCUCCUCCUCCUCCUCCCCCAACCCCGGCACCAUCCUCCUCGACGGCCACGACCUCCGCACCCUCAGCGUCUCCUCCCUGCGCACGCAGAUCGCGCUGGUCGGGCAAGACACGCCGCUCCUCUCCGGCACCGUCCGGGACAACCUGACGCUCGGCCUGCCGGACGCUACCUCCAUCACCGACGACGCCAUCAUGGCCGCCUGCCGCCAAGCCGCGCUAGCCGAUGUCAUCGCCUCCCUGCCCGACGGCCUCAACACCUUCGUCGGCGGGCUCGGCGGCGCGGCGCUGUCGGGCGGCCAGCGCCAGCGCGUCGCCAUCGCGCGCGCGCUACUCCGCAAACCGGCCGUGUUGUUGCUCGACGAGGCGACGUCGGCGCUGGACAGCGCGGCCGAGCGCGUCGUGCAGGAUGCGCUGGCGGCGGCGGCGAGGGACCGCACGACGAUUGCGGUGGCGCACAGGCUGAGCACGGUGAGGGGCGCGGACGUGAUUUUCGUGCUGGAGGGGGGCAGGGUCGUGGAGAGGGGGCGGCAUGCGGAGUUGUUGGCGAGGGAGGGGGGCGUGUAUGCGAGGAUGGUGAGGGCGCAGAGCGUGGAGGCUUGA